ACAUGUGGGUCUAAUGUUGACUGCAGGAGAAAGUUAAGGAGUUUAACCCGAUUAAAGCUUUUUUUACGUGUGUUUGGAAGACUUCACCAUGUCUUCGUCAUUCUUUAUAAAAGGAAAGGAAAACCCCAAAUCAGCCAAAAAGGGGAAAAACACGGUGCUGCCGAAAAGGAAGGCUGCCGGGGGCUCAGUCGAAGUACGAGCAAAGAAACCAUCUUCUAAAUACAACGAAGAGAUUUCCAGCGAUUCUGAGGGAGAGAGCUCCACUGUACCCAAGAAGAAAAAGUCCAAGGAGGAGAUUCAGUAUGAGGAAACGCCACAGGAGAAGAAGCUGAGAUUAGCUAAACUUUACCUUGAACAGCUGAAACAUGAAGAGGAAGAUAAAGCAGAUGAUGAGGCGUUUGAAACAGAUUUGAUUGCUGGAAGGCUUCAGGAUGAAGUGCUCGAACAAAAAGGAAAGCUUCAGCGUCUUAUUGCCAAAGAUAUCAUGCAGCCAGAUGCUUCAGAGAUCAGAGUAUUGAGAGGACACAAACUUCCCAUUACCUGUCUGGUCAUCUCACCAGAUGACAAGUGCAUCUUUUCUGCUGCCAAGGACUGCUCCAUCAUCAAAUGGGAUGUUGAGAGUGGCAAGAAACUGCAUACAGUGCACGGUGGGAGGAAGGGGACGGAGGAUCGGCAUGUUGGGCACACAGCCCAUAUCCUAUGUAUGGCCAUAUCAUCAGAUGGAAAAUACCUGGCCACUGGAGACAUGAACAAACUGAUUAUGAUUUGGGAGGCUGAAACUUGUAAGCAUCUGUAUAAAUUCACGGGACACAAAGGCCCUGUGUCGGGUCUUUCGUUCAGGAAGGGAACUCACGAUCUGUACAGUGCUUCCCAUGACCGCUCAGUCAAAGUGUGGAACGUGGAUGAGAAUGCUUAUGUGGAAACUCUCUUCGGACAUCAGGAUGCCAUUACAGGACUGGACAGUCUGAGCCGUGAGCGCUGCGUGACUGCAGGGGGCCGGGAUCGCACCGUGAGGGUGUGGAAGAUAGCCGAGGAGUCCCAGCUGGUUUUCCAUGGACAUGAGGGCUCCAUCGACGCCAUCCAGCUCAUAAACGAGGAGCACAUGAUAACCGGAGCUGAUGAUGGCUCUUUGUCUCUUUGGAGUGUCAACAAGAAGAAGCCUCUCAGCACAGUGAAGCAGGCUCACGGUUGCCAUGGCGACGCCGGACUGGAGCAGCCUCACUGGGUCGCCUCGGUGGCGGCGCUUCACAACUCGGAUACCGUUGCCUCAGGUGCCUCUGGCUGUUCCCACAAUUCGCAGGUCACCGUGUGGCAGUGUGGGAAGAGUUAUCGCGGGUUGGAGCGUCUGUUCAGCGUACCAGUGAACGGUUUUAUCAACAGUCUGAAGUUUUCGAGCUCCGGUCAUUUCUUGGUGGCAGGAGUCGGACAGGAGCACAGGUUGGGGCGUUGGUGGAGACUAAAAGAAGCCAAGAACGGGAUCUACAUUAUUCCUCUCAAAAGGAAGCCGUCGGAUCCCGAGAACGUCGACGUGGCAGAGCAGUGAACUGUGAAAUGUCUUGUUUUUUUUUGUUUUUUGUAAAUUAAACGCAUCAAAACAAACACGAAUGUUUUCUUUCUUUUUCUCGUGUGCGUGCAGCCAAAGGUUGUGAGUUUCCUCCUUUGAGUGUUUUUCUAGAAGUUUCCGCUUCACUGCAGAAGUCGGAGCAGU